UGAUAAUUCAUGGGAGGAAGGGAGGGAAGGAGAGGCCAGGCAUAUACACUGGCUGACCUAGACUUACUGGUCAAGACCAAGGCACUAAGAGAUAAAAGCUAUGUUGUGGGGCUGGGCCAGGCAGGUAGGCCAGGCUAAGGGCAGUGGGGGAAUGGGCCCCAUGCCCUGUAGAAGGCUCACUCUGGGUACUGGCACCUGCCAGGACAUGUUCCUCAUGAGCCAGCACCACAAAACCACCAUGUUCACAGAUGCCAAGAAGUCGGACACUGGGUACGAGCUGAAGUGCAUCGUUGAGAGAAUCCUUAUGGUGCCCGAAGAGUAGAGGCUGUCCAAGGAUGAGCAGUUUCUGGAUGAUGGCAAAAUGCUGGGCGAGUGUGGCUUUACCAGCCAGAUAGCAAGGCCACAGGCCCCAGCCAUAGUGGGGCUGGCCUUCUGGGAAGACAACACCUUUGAAACCCUGAACACUGAGCCCUUCUCUAGCCUGCCAGAGCAUUCAGACGUGACAAAACCUCAGAACCCUGGAGGCAGUACCAACAAACAAGCUGUGCAGUGAGGG